AUGACGGUGCUGCAGCACGCCCCGUGCGUCGGACGCCACGUCGUUACCGAAAAGACCCUCCACUGCCGCUCCACCGACGUACCGCCUCGCGCCGGAGCAUCCGUUCCCGAAACCGGUGGGGGAUGUGAUCGGAGCCCUCCGCCAUCUGCACCAGAACGCGGCGGCGCUCUCUAUCAAUCCGAGCCGUCUUGUGAUCCUGGGCGUUCAUGCUGUGGCACGCCGGCCCUUGCCGCGGCGAUGCUGCUGCGGAACACGAAGCAGCCGCCUUUGGUUAAGGAGUUGGUGCUGGUGGCGCCAUGGCUCGACGACAGGUCGAGGACGGAGGGUGUGGGACGGUUGCUGAUAUGGACGGCGGCGGUGAAUGCCUGGGCGUGGGGCCUGUAUAUGGACAAUGUUAUGGCGCGGUACGGCAAUGUGGAGGAGGUGGUGGCGCCGGGGAGAGCAGCGAACGUUGCGGGGCUGCCGAGGAUGUAUAUCGACGCCGAGAAGUUUGAUCACGCGCUUUGGGACUGCGCACGGUUUGUUCAGCGCGUGAAGGAUGCCGGGGGUGAAGCUAGGUUGCGCAUGUAUAAGGGCGUGCCCCAUGCCUUUGAAUGGGAAGCUCCAACGGCCAAGGUGACGAUGACAGCGAUGAACAAUCGGGUGGAUGUUUUCCGGAAUCUUUAG